CUUACCCUUCUCCCCCCCCCUCUCUCUCAGAACAUCUCUUUAUAGUAGGCUGACAAAUACUUAUUUUACUAGAUCAAAAAAAUCCAGUAUUUUCAUUAUUUUCACGACAUUCUUAGUUAUACAACUACAGUAGCUGUUCUUUCUUUUAACAAUUGUUUAAAACGUUUUUUUUAACAAUCAUUAUAAUACUUUAGAAUAUUUUUCGUUUAUCUUGUUUACUAUUGCAUAUAAAAAAUACUAAUAAUUUAUAGUAAUUUUUAUAAUUUUUGCAUUUGCGAGGAGGAAGGAGGAGAGAAUUCCCCGUGUCAAACUCAAAAGCCCGCCCAUGUCUGGGACUCUCGUCUCGCUCUUGUCAGCCAUUGGUCACUGGGCAUUUGAUUGACGUCCUCAAAGCUUGAAACAAACUCGGUCAAUGAGAAACAGCGGCGGUGCUGAGGCUGCAGGCUACGGUGCUCGCUACACGCCCCUGCUGAACGGAAACGCUUGCGGCUUACUGCAUGGGUACCGUUAUGGACCAUACGAUGGAUUGGAAGAAGAUAAACGAAAAUAGAGUAUACAUCAUAUUUUACUGUCAAUGACAGUCUUAGCUAAAUAUAACGUCAGUUUGCCAGUCAUGGAUGAAAAUGAUGUACUAUCGAUAACGGAACGCCUAAAAUCCAGGAGCUUUAUCGCAUAAACUGCCUACUCAGUUCAGCAAAGCAACCGUGACAUUUGAAUGUUGCACUAUUUAUUUUCUCCGCUUUAGAAAGCGUCUUUUUUUGUAGCAAUUGUCACUCCUCGUCCCCUCCCAUCCUUCGGUAGCCUCCGGAGAGGACAGGCAGGGAGAUGGUGGAUGCUAAUGUGAUGAAGAAGACGUUCACGGUACCGGAGAUAAAACCUUUGGACCAGUACGACUUCAACCGAGCCAAGGUGUGCGCGAGUGUCCGAUGGCUGCUGGCAAAGUCCUACGGGUCUGCAGAGAACGUUCCGGCAGAUCUCCGGGAGCCGGUGCUGAUUGGCCAGGAGCUCCAGGCUGGUGUGAGUGUGUUGCUGCUCUCCCCCGACCUCUACUGGAGGGCCCACAGCCAGCUGCACCUCCGCGGGGUCUCCCAGGGCCCGGGGCAGGGGCCGGGCGGGGUCUCCAAGGGCCCGGGGCAGGGGCCGGGCGGGGUCUCCCAGGGUGUGGUGCAGGGGGGCGACCAUGUGGCGCUGCUGCAGCUGCUAGCCUCCAGAGGCCACGCCCCCCGCGACCAGGACAGGCCUGUCACUGUGGAGGACCUGCAACACACGCCAAUCAAGACGCGAGCUCACCUGGCCCUGAUUGACGCGCUGAUGUCAUUGGCUGCCAUGGAGACGGUGGGCAGGGUUAAGAUGGCAGCGGAGGCGGAGCAGAUAGGGGGUGGGUCUCCAUGGGAGAACGCCCUCCUCUUCUGGGUCAACCGGCUGAACCAGAGAUUGAGGGAGAGCACAGAGGAUGAUGAUGACAAGACUCAGACCUGCACUGACCUCCAGCCUGCCCAGCCUGCGAUCCGCUACAGGAAGGACAAGGUCCAGUCCAAACUGACCCCCACCUUCCCCCUGGUGUCUGGGGUGAAGGAUCUGUCUAACGGCUGUGCUAUCGCUGCUGUGCUGCACUACUACUGUCCCAGCAGGCUGCCUCUGGAGGACGUGUGUCUGAAAGACACCAUGUCGGUGGCUGACAGCCUGUAUAACCUGCAGCUGAUCAGGACGUUCUGCUGCGGCACUCUGCAGGGGUGCUGCCCCCUGGCUGUGGAGGACCUGCUCUACGCUCCGCCCACCCUCCACAUGCCUCUGGGUUGUUAG